AUGCGACCCCGUGCCACACUGGGAUUACGGACGCAAGAUCGCACCGCAGAAGUCAAAGCUCCCUUCCCGCUGUCCUCGGUCGGCUUAAUCGUAUCCUGCUAUCAUAUCGGGUCGCUCAAUCGAACUGUCCACGGCAUCGCAGAUCCCCUUUUCUUACUAGAUGAGGUUGGUUCGGGCUUCCGGAAUGGCACGCAUCUACGCGAAUUUAAUCCAGUCUACAGUGAAGGCUGCUCCCUACCCUUAUGCUGUAUGGCCGAUGCCCUGACACCAGUCCUGGUCCCGCCGCAACCCUUCUUCUCCCCUCACUGUGCCUCCAAGACAAGAAUGCUUGUCUCGCAGUCAAUGAAGCGGGCCCGCAAACUAGCUGAAAAAUGGACGGUCCCUGACCGGAGUUCGUUCCCCGACAAACCUGAAGCACGUGGACCGCCCCCGGUCGUGCUCCUCCGCUACAAGGUAUAUGUGCCACAUGAAAAGCUACAGAAUGGAGUCCCCUCCCUGGUUUCUGCUGAUCGGUGGAGACAUCUGUGCAUGCUGGGAUGGGAGAUAUCCGGGGGAUUGGUUCGCAAAGUGAUGAUUAUUCCUCGCCACCACUUAAACGUGAUGUGGGAGGACAACCUGGACGCUUUGACAACGGAGCUGAAGAUUGCAUCCAAAAUGAUAGAUUUGUCCAUGGUCAAAUAA